AUGGCCAGUAUGUUUGAGCUAGUUCGGAAUGUCUACUACUUCUUCAUGGGUCUGUUGGUCAUGUACGUCUCUUUCCUUUCAGACCAAUAUCUUUGGUCCAAAGAGACAACACCAGCAGCUUUUCAGUAUAUAGAGGAAAUAUGCAUUCAACCCAACUUCAGAAACUACACCUUUGAUUGCACCAAGCUUUUGACACCCGACCCUGAGAACGUCAAAGCUGUAACUUCUAAGGAAGAUCUUCUCAUGGUUGCUUUAAACAAGACUCCUACUUUGGCUCAAUCCCUUCUAGACGACUUAAACGAGCUCAACUGCUCGAGUCUCGGUUGGGGUUGGGUCGAUAACAAGUCAGAAGUUUUGGAUUGUAUAGAUGAAUUCGAUAUAAUAGUAAAGCUGUUCGAUGAAGCUGUGUCUUCCUUGCGAGGUGGAGAUCCAGCUACGCUCGAUUAUGUCUUCAGACACAUUGAGAUAUAUCAAACAGCUUGCAUGAACAGGAGAGACGAUGUUAAGCCUGAUAUAGUUGUUGCACAAGAUGGAUCAGGCCAUGUCAAAUCUAUAUUUGAAGCUGUUGAAUUAGCUCCUAAGUUUGGAAGCAGACCUUUCGUUAUAAAGAUAAUGGCUGGAGUUUACAGAGAAUACGUUGUCAUCCCCAAGGACAAGACUAAUCUUCGAUUUGUUGGUGAAAGCAGUAAAACAACUAUCAUAACUGACAAUCGAUAUCAUUGUGGAGUAUCGAUAAUUGAAUCUGCUACCAUGUCUGUAUGUGGUUUUGGAUUCACUGCUGAAGAACUAACCAUUGAAAACACUGCCAAACCUACAAAGCAAGCUGUUGCACUUGCUGUUUCUGCAGAUAGAGUUGCCUUCUAUAAGUGCAACUUCACUGGAUACCAAAACACACUCUAUGUGCAUAAAGGCAACCAAUUUUAUAAAAAUUGCAUUGUGGAAGGCACAAUGAACUUCAUUUUUGGAAAGGGCAGUGCUGUGUUUCAAGAGUGUCUUAUUUUGGUUAAAGAGCCAUUGUUAAAUCAAAAGCAUAUAUUAACUGUUGAUGGAAGGAAUGAGGACCCAAAAGUUUUGGGAAAUAUGUUGGAUUGGAAUGAUCAAGGCCAGCUUGGUUCUACAAACAACGUUGAACAUGAAAACUUUGGUGUUGGGACUAAUUUGGAAAGUGUUAAAGGGAAAGGAUACAAUAGUAAACUCCCAUGA